GACCGCACCGGGCUGGAAUGCUCAUGCAUGCCCCAUCAUGCGUCCCUGACUGCAACCUUGCCCUCCCUCACACUCGCAUCUCUAUUUCAAGUCGCUGCUGGCAGGGCGUGGGCCAGGACACGGCCGACGCGCGCGUACCAUCGGACCAGUGUCCGGUCGCAAGGCAUCGCACCGAGCAAUUUGCGCACCGUCCAGCGCGGUCAUGACGGUGCUGGCGGAGUGGGAGGACCGUCGUCGUCGACUUCCAGUACGUCCUACGCCGUGUCUUCCCUAUCACACGACAAGAAAUUGUGUGCGGCCCCCUCACUCCCCCCUUUCUCGACUUCUCCCUUUGUGUCGCAGGCUGCGGACGUAGCAUGUGGUGCCGAAGUCGAUCCGGUGCAAGCGAGCGCACGUCCGGCGUUCUUUCGUGCUCGGAAGAGGAACCUGGUCACCCCAAUCAACGUCGAACGACUGUCUACGCAAGCCUUUGAGUCACCCCACCCUGGUUCUGCCGGUCAGUCUACGUAUGAAAGUGAUCCGCCAUGGGAGGAAGUCCGGGACUCCGUCCCCGAGUUCCUACUCCCGCGAGUAUCUCCUCCUCCGCUUUCUAUCCCCAAACAACUAACAGCGGUACCGGAUCCCACCACGCCGGAAGACCUGCUGGCAAACCUGACCCUCGCCGUCACCUCGAAGGCUCUACCGCCCCUCGGGCCGCUGCUUUCUUACCACGCGGCUUAUGGGAACCUUCACUCCACCGCGUCAUUCAACCUGCUCAUCAAGCUCGCGCUCCGGCACGCGAGCUUCGGAACAGCGAGGAGCCUACUCGGCCACAUGCUUCGGGAGGACGUCGCGGGAGACGUGGAGACGAGGGCGCUCCGAGUGCGGUGCAUGGUCCGAAUCGGCUCCUGGGAGCAGGCGUGGCGCGAGGAAAUGGAGCGGAUGAAGGAGGAUGGCCUCGAGAUGCCUUACCCUGUCUGGCUCGAAUUCUUCGGCAGCGUCAAGUGGGGGGCCAUCUCGCUCCUUCCGGGGGAACAGAGACGUGCGGAAGGCAAGCGCAGGGAGUCCGUACCGGCACCGGCGCCCGCGGUCGCCGCCGGACGACUCGAUGCCCUUAUGGAGCAUCCUCCGUUGGUGACUCAAGGCGACUUUGAACGCAUGCCGCCGCACGCCGUCUUCGUGCUCGUGCGCACGCUCGCAGAACAGGGCCGGCGUCCUCUGGCGCUCUCAAUGACAACUCAGUACUUCCAAUCCUUGCCGGAGGACAUCGACGAGGCCUGGCAGCGGUCCUGCCUAUCUAUCAUCCACCUGCACCUGAAGCCCGGGCCGAAGCCUGGCUUGACGGAGCAUUAUGCCGCCCGCAAGACGCUCUACGGCUUCCUCCGCAUGCACCGCGCCUUCCGGCCGACCUCGACCACGCUCUACUUCCUGCUGCGGACCCUUCGCCAGACGACGCAAUGUGGCCGGCGCGCGGAAGAACUCGUACAGUCGUUUACGGAGCGCUGGGGCCCAGACAUCGUCGACGAUGCCGUGAGGCGUCGCCUCGCUGCGUUCUGGCUGAAACAGGGCGACCCCCGACGCGCAAACGCCGUCGUGGAAGUCCAGAACGCGGUUAAUGAGCAGCGGGAAGGGCUGAGGGUGGAGAAGGAGGCGGUGCUGGGCGACUCGUCGACGAAGGACCGCGCGCGGCGACUGCGCUGGCUGAACAUGCACCGGUCACCAACGCGGAACAGGGAAGGCUGGCGCUGGCGGGUGGUCCGGCGGCGGCUCUGGAGGGCACAGGAACGCCGUGCGCGAGGCUGACUGCGCGGACGGCGUAUACGGUACGCUGCGGGUGGACUGUGGUAGAGCGGCUUGUGAACGUAAUAUUUACAGGCUUUAUACAAGUAGACCCUUAAUUGCC